CCCAAAUCGAACAUACUACUACUUUGUCUGCCUUUCUAUUUUGUGCGCGUACAGAAAGACUUAGUGGAGGCAAAACUAGAAAUUUUUCUAAUGUGUUUCUCUUAUGUUGUCGAAGUGUCUGCUGUAAUUGAGAAUGAUAUUGAUGCAGUUGUAAUGAGCGAAAGUAAUUUGAAUGCCAGCAAGCUAUUACUCUUUGAUUGAAGUAUGAAUUUACAGAGUUUAUUUCAAGAUUUUAAUCCCAGUAAAUUUCUAGUAUAUGUGUGCCUCCUUCUCUUCACUAUUCUGUUUUGCUUGAGACUCGAUGGAGUCAUCACUUGGAGUUACUGGGCAGUAUUUCUUCCACUGUGGAUAUGGAAAUUUAUGGUGAUAGCUGGUGCUUGUAUUGGUAGCUAUGUCUGGUGGAGGCAUCCACAAUAUAGAGUUGAAGGAGAAGGGUACAUACAUUACAAAGCUAUGCUAAUAAGUGUUGUGUUACAAGUCCUGUUACUGAUGUUUGAAGUUCUUGUUUGUGAUAAAUUAGAGAACAACCGCCAUUGGUGGAUACUUGUAUUUGUCCCUUUAAUUUUCAUAUCCAUAAUUUCGGUUGUUGUAUGCAUAUGGGCAGUUAAACAUGAUCGUUCAUUUGAGCUUGAACUUUUUUGCUCUGUGAAUAUCCUUCAGUUCAUUUUUCUCGCUCUCCGAUUAGAUGAAAUUAUUAUGUGGAAUUGGGUUGUAGUAUUUGUUCCCCUUUGGAUUGUGAUGUGUAUGGCUGUUAUAGGUGUUUUAUAUGCUAUCAUAUUUGCAAGUAUUUUACUACGCACACCCGAAGUUAGUGUUGAGCAGCGUCGUACAAGUAUGCAUUCUGCUAUAUCUUACAGUGUAAUAGUGAUACCUCUUUUAAUAUAUCUGGUUUUACUUUCCAACAAGCUGGACAGUGAGAGCAGUUUGACAUAUGUUGCAACAUGUAUUCCUCUGUAUUUCACAUUUAUAGUCCUGAUUUUAUUAGCAUUUGGAUCAAAAGGUGGAAACCACUGGUGGUUUGGUAUAAGAAAAGACUUUUGCCAGUUUUUGCUUAGUGUUUGUCCACUUCUGCAAGAAUAUGGAAACAUAUCAUAUAGUUUACACAGCAAUGAACCUGAAGAUACUGAGCCAUCGAUUCAAGUUAUAACUUGUGCCCAAGCCCAGGAAAUUCCUCAUGGCAAGGAGCGCAAGAUACGCCUGUCGUUGGCAACAACCUUGAGCACCUUACAUCUGACAGUGUGGUUUAACUCAGUUUCACCCCCAAUUUUGAUGGAGAGCACCCUGGGAGGACGGGUCCGAGCAUCUCCCACCCCGCUUUCCCUACCACCAGCCUUUCGAGAGGACUUUUGCCUCCCAUAUUUGGAGUGCCCCCAUGCAGCACAGACAGUAUACACUUACAAACAUUCAUGUCUUCUCCUGGCUUCGAACCCAGGCCCUUCGGCCCACGCUAACUGCUAUACCGGUUGGGCAGCUUUUUAUAACAAAGAUAUGUAUAAUUCUUCAAUAAAUAUGUUUGAGUGUGGGUUUUAACAAAGCACAAAAGGUUUGCAUAUGUAGACAAAAGAUAUACAUGUAAUUUUUUUGGUUUUUCAUAUUAUUUUGUUAAUAAUGUUUUGUUUUAAAUAUUAACCAUAAACAAUGUGCCUUUAAUAUUGUCACUACAUAAAGGUGCUCGCUAGACAUUUGCACGACGGUGCCGGUUAGGCUUGGCGUGGGCCUGACUGUAUUGUUAUGUUUUCUCUAAUUUUCUCAGUGUGCUGCAUCACAGUACUUCAAAAAAGUAGUAGCUGUGUAAUUGCAACAAUAAUCUUGUUCUAUAAAAAUAAUUAAACUAUGAAUCUGACAUUCCAAAAAAGUUUCAUAAAUUCCCCAUAAUAAUGUGGUUUACAUCAGGGUUUCUUAAACUUUUUUCAUUCGCAACCCCUUUUUAUCACUGAAAUUUUUUUCACGAACCCCCAGGAUUCCAUAAUAUUUUUUAAAAAUUUGUUGGACCUCAUAAGUAUUGAAUAAAUCCGACACACGCCUGAGUGAAACUGUCAAUUUUUUCACUUGUACUGUAAUAUACUAUUGCAGUUUUAGGUAAUUAACUUUAAUUUCUAAUUUUAAGACAUAGAAUGUGAAAAUUUUAAAUAUGUAACA